UGAGUUUUGGGUAUUUCUCCAUUUCGCCUUUUUUUUUUCCCCUUUUGGGGUUCUUUUUUACUUGAAUUUUGCUUGGUUUUUCCAUUGGGGUAGUUGAGUUUUUUAAACCUCUUUUGUGUCUUUUAUCUAUUUUAAAGUUGUUGUGAUAAUAUAAAAUAAUGGAUUUGGGUUCUUGGGGAAGAGAUUUUCUGUAUGUGUUUUUACCCAAUUUAGACAGACAGCCUUUCCCUUUUUAAAUUUUUUUUCCAACUUCUCUGAAUCCUCUGUUUCUUCUCCUGAAUUCUUGAAGAUUCUCUUUCCUCUUCUCUGUUUGAAAGGUUUUGAUUAUGGUGUUUUCUAAUGAUUUGUUUGUUUAAAGAGUCAAUUAUGUACAUUAUUUAAUUAAAAGUGUCAUUAAAUACUGCUUUUAGUUGGACUUUCUUCUCACUCUUUUGCUUAAUCUGAGAGGUAUUAAUAAAUGGGGACAGGAACUCUCUUUAUUAAUUAUUUUAUUUCUUUUCUUGGUCAAUUGCUAAGCUAGAAUUUGUGGGUUUUGCUGAAUAAUUUGUGGGGGUUUCUUGUUUUCUACUUUUGAAGCCUCAAAGUAUGGAUUAAAGCUUGGUGUUGUAACAAGAAUAUUAUCCUAAUUUAAGAUUUUAAGGGGGGUUUUUUGUAUCUUAUUGUUUCAUUUUGACAGAGAUUCUGUGUUAAGCAGCCAUGAAUUAUUGCUUUCCUGAUUGGAAUUUUGAGGGUGACCUUUCCCCAGCUAACCAUAAGAAAUCAAUGGGACCUGAGCAUGAUGAUCUUGUGGAACUUUUAUGGAGAAAUGGGCAAGUGGUCUUACAAAGCCAAAAAGCUAGAAAACCAAGUCUAAUUGCUAAUGAAGUAAGGCAAUUUCAGAAACAGAAUCAACCACUUUACAGGAGUAAUGUGUCUUGUGGAAAUUCAAGCAAUUUGAUCCAAGAUGAUGAGACAGUCUCUUGGAUACAAGAUCCGCUUGACGAUUCGUUUGAGAAGGAAUUUUGUUCCAAUUUUUUCUCCGAAUUGCCACCUGCUGAUACUAUUGAGAUUGUUAAGCAGCCUAUCAAGCAUUUCCAAGAUGACAAGCAAACUAGAUUUGGUGCCUUUGAUACUGCUACUCAUGUUACUUUUGGGAAUUCUGUGAAGAAGAACUCGACGCCUGCAGCUCUUGCAGAGUUUCCUAUGAACACGAUGCCUCCUCCGAGAUUUCAGUUUCCAGAUUCGGUGCGGCAGACCAAGGAUUUAGGAGAUUUAGGAAAAUUGGUGAAUUUUUCUCAAGUUCCUGUGCCCGUGAAGGGUGAUUUGGGAUCAUCAAACAGGGGGAGAGAGUCUGGAAACUUGAUACAAGGAGAGGGAAGAGAUUGUUCAGCAAUGACAGUUGGUUCGAGCCACUGUGGAAGCAACCAAGUUCCUAAUCCAAAUGACCUUGAUCUGAGUCGAGUUUCGACCAGUGGUUUUGGAAAUGCUGGUUUAUCUGCUGGUCUCUCCAAGGAAGAUAAUAGAAAGAUGGUUGCACAAGGUGAGAGGGACAAAACUGAGACUAUGGAUCCAACUGCCACUUCAUCCUCAGGCGGUUCGGGAAGUAGUAUGGAUAGAAGUAGAACAAUUGGACAAUCUACUGGAGGUAACAGCAACAAAAGAAAAGGCCGAGAUGGAGAAGAAUCCGAAUGCCAAAGUGAGACUGCUGAACUCGAAUCUGCUGAGGGAAACAAAGCAGCUCCACGAUCCGGAUCUUCUCGCAGGACCCGUGCUGCUGAAGUACAUAACCUUUCAGAAAGGAGGAGAAGAGAAAGGAUAAAUGAAAAGAUGAAGGCACUGCAAGAACUCAUACCACACUGUAAUAAGACUGACAAAGCUUCAAUGCUAGAUGAAGCCAUUGAAUAUUUGAAGUCACUUCAAUUACAACUACAGGUAAUGUGGAUGGGAAGUGGGAUGACGCCCAUGAUGUUUCCCGGCAUUCAACAUUACAUGUCUCGAAUGGCUAUGGGCAUGGGUAUGGCCCAACCUUCAAUGCCUUCAAUUCACAACUCGAUGCAAUUACCUCGGGUCCCGAUUGUCGAUCAAUCAGUUUCAGUGGCUCCAACACCAAACCAACCUAUGAUGUGCCAACCUCAAAUUUUCAACCCCAUGAAUUAUCAAAAUCAAAUGCAGAAUCCCGCUUUGCAAGAGCAGUAUGCUCGUCUAAUGGGUUUCCAUCAUAUGCAACCUACCUCACAGCCCAUAAAUGUGUUCAGAUUUUGUCCCUCAGCAGUCUUGCAGAGUCAAACUGCAGCAGCACCUGGCCCUGCUAGUGGACCUACUGCUGGAGGAUCUAUAACCAAUGAUAUUGUAAAUGGAAAUUUGGGUUGACAAGUGAAAUUAUCCAAGUUUAUCAGUUAGCUAAGGUUCCUUCUCGGUUUAUUGCGGAGCAUCAUUCCUAGAUAUGGUGGAAACCAUGAUUGUUGUUCUUUGUGUAUAUCUGAUACAGAUUCUUGCCUCCUUACCCUCCAAGUACACAGCUUAUAUGCCUUCCAACCUCAUCACCAUAUUACAUUAUUGUUGUUCAAGUAGUAAUGGAAGAAGCUUCAUUAAUCUGUAUAUUGUUGAGACAGCUAAAAACUCAAGAUUCAAGAUCUUGCAAUUCAAGGCAUUUAACAAAAUUUUUUGUCGAAGAAUGGUUUAGAAAAUAAGAUCAACUAGUUUGUUUCUGUCAAAAGUGUUGAGUUGAGAAGCAGCUUAAGCUCCUUUUUAUGUACUAUCUCUUACACUGUCUAUGAAUUCAAAAUAAGUUGAUUUGGAUAUUAUGCUGCUGUUGUUAAAUGUCUA